UCUCAGAAGCUCCCCUGCGGCCAAGCCCCUGCAAAGGAACCUACCGCGGUAGUCGCUUUCUUCGUUUUGGUUGGCUACUUUUCUCUUCCGACUGACUGUUACUCUCACUAUCCUAUCGUCGCCUAUCGUCGAACAACAGCACCAUGCCUCUGAACAUCGCUCGAGGUGGAGGCGGUGCCCUUCGCGGCCUCUACCUCAAUGCCGUCUCUCGUCCCUUCCGUGUGGCCAUCUCCCAGCCUCAUGUUCGCCGCGUGUGCCUUGCGACGCAUCGUGGUCCCUUGAAGCCUAUCGCCAGAUCUGUUCCUUCGGGUAUCCUCUCGCGCCAGCUGGUCAACACAUACGCGACCGCCAGUGAAGCUACGACCAAAAAGAAGGCGACAAAGACAACGAAGACAACGGAGGCGAAGAAAGCUACCAAAGCCACUUCAGAGAAGAAGAAGAAGACUACGCCAAAGAAGAGCCCUGGUAGGCCAAAGGUCGUGUUGACAGAAAAGCAAAUGGAAGCAAAGAAGCUCCGGGAGCUCAAAAAACAGAUCAGGGAGCUCAAGGAAAUUGCGCUGGACCCGCCCAAGAACACCAAGCCGUCCUACUGGAACGUCGCGGUAGUCGACAUGUUACCCGAAGCCUCGAAGACGCAAAAAGGUCAAGAUAACAUAUUCACGGAGGCUGUCGAGCUUGCGAAGAAAAUAAGCCCGGCAGACAAAGAGCGCUAUGCGGCUAUCGCCCAAUCCAAGCGGGAGGAAGCCCAGGCCAAUUACGAGAAAUGGGUUAGGUCGUACACUCCCGCGCAAAUUCGGGAAGCCAACAAUGCCCGGCGCAGACUUACCAAGCUGAAGGGUCGCCGUUAUGCACUUAUCGAAGAUGAUCGCUUGGUCAAGCCACCCCGUACUUCUUUCGCCUGCUACGUGAAGGAAAGAACCCAGUCGGGCGACUUUAAGCACAUGGGAGGCCCCGAAUUACUCCGUCAACUCGUGGUCGAAUGGAAGGAGUUGAGCGAUUCCGAGAAAGAGAGAUAUGUCAAGCUCCGGGAGGCUGAACAGGAACGCUAUGUUCGCGAAUGCAAGGAAGCCUAUGGUGAGGUCAGCACCAAAUGAAUGGAUGGAGACAAUGAUAUGCGCGCUUAGUGAUGCAAUGCUUCUCGGUCAUACUCAUGGUAGGGAAGAAAUUUGGGAAAGUGGGCCGUAUCGCGUGUCAUACCGCGACCUUGUGUUCCUGUUUUUAAUGUGCCUUUGUCUGUUCCUGCGCUGUCUUAGUCUACGAAUUGUACUUUCUAGCCAUAUUGCCUGAAAACGAAUUUAAUCGGUUAACUUGCUCACCCAUGUCGUAAUCUCUCGGUGUAGAAUGCGGCGUCUCUUCCAUAGAUGGAGUAUUGGAAAUAGCACGUUGCCUGGGCGCUCAGACAGGCCAUAAGCUAGCAGGAGCAUGUAGCACAAGGCAACGAGGGGCGCAACCUGUAUCUGUGGGUCGAGUAACGAUAGCCAACGAGUUCCUUAAUGUGCUCGGCUCAACCAGGGCGAUGUAAAUGUACUUGCAUAACGAGUGGUCCGUCAUGUCGAAUUUCCCCUUUUGGCUCUAGAGUUUAGGCACUUCGACUUUUUGACAUAUCAAACAGCCUGACUACCAACGCGAGGUCAUAGCUUCGUCUUCACACCGAUCUGUCUCAAAACACCAAGAAAGACGGUGAUCAAAUGAGCAGACACCGUCUGACCAACCCAAACCAAGAACUCCAUGUCGUGUCACCGAGUCUGCGACCCAUGAUGCAAGCAAGUGACGGGGUCAAUGUCUGUCGUUUCACUUGCACUGCUCCUCCCGAGAAAUAAU